AUGAAAGCAGCUCAAUUAAGCAGGAUUGAUGUAAGCGUAGAAAAAUAUAUCGAUCGAAUUUGGGAUUUAACGCAUUCUGAAAAUGAUCAAAAAAUGGACAGAUCAAAGUUGAAAGAAAUAUUCAAACAGGAGAGUAAAGAACAAUUUUAUGAAUACGUGGAUACGGUAUUUGCUGCACACCUUAAAUAUCGACAUGGUUACGAUACAAAUGCUCCAAGUUGGGACUUUAUUACAUCAUUUUUCUUUACGGCAACGAUGCUAACAUCAAUUGGAUAUGGUUAUGUUGCACCAUCAACAUUUUGUGGCCGCUUAUUUGGUGUCAUCUAUUGUCUCGUUGGAAUUCCAUUAACACUGGUUACAGUGGCUAACAUUGCAAAGUUUAUAUCAGAAUGCGCUUUUUUGCUUCAUUACAAUUGUUGGAAAAAAUUGACGACAUGGAGGGAUCGUCGGAAGGGCAUUAAGAUUCAUGAGCUUCGACCAAUUUUUGAUGACAACGAUGAUGAACAAGAAUUGUUAGAUAAAGUAAAGCUUGUUCGUUUUCCACCAGUAAUUUUAUUUUUAAUUUUAUUCUUCUAUGGACUUUUUGGUUCAUAUAUUAUUCAAAAGAAGGAACACUGGACUUACAUAGAAGCAGUAUAUUUCACAUUUAUCAGCAUUUUAACAGUUGGUUUUGGUGAUUAUCGUCCGGAACAGCAAAAUAUGCUAGUAGUUUUAUGUGUCAUUAUGGGUGGCAUAAUUUUGACAACAAUGUGCAUGGAUGUAGUUGGUCGAAUGUAUCUGAAGGAAAUUCAUUACAUUGGUCGUAAAAUUCAAACCAAUAAUCCAUUCUUUCUGAUUCGUGAAGCAAAAGCAAGGCGACGACGACAAGCAACUGCAAGCAUGCUUUUGGAAUUUGCGAAAGGUAUGGUAUUCGAUCAUAAUGGUAGUCAAAUGGGUAUGAUGGCCAGGAGAAUGAGUAGAAAGUUUCAAAAACGUGGACCACGCAUGUUAACAGAUGAUGAAUUUAUGUUCGCUCGUCUACCACCAGAUCCACCACGGGAAUGUCAAGUUGUUUCCACAUCCGCUUAUUCAGUCCGACUAGCAUGGGCACCAGCAUUUUCAGCUGAUGAUAAAGUUACCUAUAACAUACGUUACCGUAUCAAGCAUCAAGAAGAUAGUAAAACACGUGAAUUACGUGGCAUUCAAGGUCAUUCGGCAGAAAUUAUGAGUGUUGAUUCGUGUUCUUUGUAUGAAUUCCGUAUCACAGCUGUUUCACGUUAUGGUGAAAGCAAACCAGUUUAUCUAGUGCAGUAUACAGAGCCACAACUUAGCCCACAACACAUAUUAGCUCAACGUUUAAACGCGAACACCAUCGAGCUAUCAUGGGAACCGCCUUACAAACGUACCAGAGACGUGACGAAUUACAUUGUUUAUUAUACGGAAAAUCCCAAUGCUCAUUUCUCAGUAUGGGAUCGAAUUACAGUACGUGGACAACGAAUAGUUUUUCCUGAUCUACGUUAUGAUUGGUUUUAUACAUUCUGUGCCACGGCUUGUUUUAAGGAUGGACAACGUUCACCACUAUCUAGAGCAUUAUUUGUCAAGACUGAUAAGCUGGAAUUCCGACCUAAAUGUUCGGGAAUUCAUAGUGUUGGACAGUCACAUACCAUUGAAGUAAUGAAUACCUUACAAUACUCAGAAGAUGAAAUGAAUGAAAGAGUGCCCUUAUUACCUCGAGACUAUGUGAUGAGGAAUGGACUUGCAGAAUCAUUAUCCAAAUGGCUUACCGAAUCGAUGUACAAUUUGGAUAUGUUUGAAGAAAGACGUGUGGUUGUUGUAGGAAUUGUUGGAAAAGCUUCUAUUGAUUGUUCCAAAGCCGAUCCAAUAAAUGAAUUGUUAGGGCGUCCAGUUUUUAUUCAACAAAUCCCUGUGGAAGGUAGUACUGCUUCGAUCGAUGCGUAUUAUGAAUCAGAAUGGUCGGUUCUUUUUUUGCAUCUUUCUGGCUAUGGUGAUUCGUGUUCACUGGAAUAUUUCGUACGAAAUAAUGAUUCUGACCAAAAGGAUUUCUUCGAAUUUCUUUCGCAACAAGAAAUCGAUUAUGCGCGAUGCCUAACUUUUCUCCUGCUUUAUUCACAUAUACUCAUUUACAUGGAACCAGGUUGUCGAUUUGAUCAGAGUUGUUGCCGCGAUUUAAAACGAGCCAAUGAAUUUCGACGGUUUUGUCAAAGAGAAAUUCGGACAAAGCUGUCAGCUAUUACGGGUUUCCCACAGGGUUGGUCUGCUGAAGGACGUUUAGCACAACCGCGGUGCUUAUUCACCUUUCAUCGUCAUUUGCUAAGGGGUGACUUAAAUUCCAGCCGAAAGAGAGAAUUAAGGAGCAAACUAGUAGACAAAUUAGAACAACAAAUAUAUCGCUGCAUGCAAAUAUAUGGACUGGUUGCAGCUAACGAUAAGGACUGCCCAUGUAGUUUACCGAAGUCCAUAGAACAAUCUGUCUACUUAUUUUCGGCGAGAGAAUCAUCUCGUGAUGUUAUUCGCGACAGUUUAUUAAUGCUUAUUGAACGUAGUAGCAGUAAAGAAGGGAAUGACGGAAAUGGAAAAAGGGAGAAGGACGAGCGAAACGGUUUUGGUAAAUUUCUGCGGUUACAUAUCGAUCUCAUACGACAAGAUGAAGAAAGGAGGAGAUAUCUUUAUGAAAUACCUAUGCUGAAAUGGCUCUUGAUUGGUGGAAAAAUCGUGUAUGAUCAGUUGUUUCAAAUACGAAUCCUGAGUGAUGAGAAAAUAUACAAACUUAGUAGCCCUGAACUACAUUUUUCCAAAAGCAUGGAGAGCACUUAUAUCGGACAAGCUAAAGCAGUAUAUCAAAAUAGUAACAAGGAUAUGCGUGAUUUCGAAAAGCGAAAAUCACAGGUUUUCACGAAAGCAGAACAUGGAGCUAAGUUAGCACGUGCAAUGGAACAUUUGGAAUUCAUUUAUCAUGGUACCAGAUUAGAAAAAACCAAAGAAAAACUAAAGCAGGAAUGCGAAGCUCUCUGGGCUACUCAAAAAGCAUGUGAAUUUGUUUCUCUCACUGGAAAUGAAUGUACUCUACCAGUUCAUUAUUCCUUAUCAGACUUAGAAGUGCCGGCCUCGAAACGAAUUGCUCAUUCAAGCGGAGCCCGUUUUCUUUCCACCUGUAAUUGUGGGCAUUCACAGACACUGCGCAAUGAUCCAUUUUCAUUACGUGAAGCUAAUUAUGAUUUCUACAUGCAAUCACAGUUCACAUGUUGCAAAAAUAUGGAAGAGUAUGAAUUUGAAAUUUUCAAAUAUGAUGAUACUACUGAUGAAUCAUUGGAUAUGGAAAGUCUACCGGAUAAAUCGCAGAAAUCAAUAACUUCUCCAGAACAUAAUUAUUUGAAAAUGCUUUUGGAUCGUGAUAAUCCUCUAGAAGAGGAUGAAAUCCAGCAUGAAACGGAAGGUACAGAUAUUGAUGAUGUUGACAAAGAAUUGGAAGAAAAGAAGGUUUCGAUAUCGUCAGGGACGGAAAAAGAACAAACGCCUGAAGAAUUGGAAAAUAUUGAUGACGAGGAGGAGGAAGAGUAUGUCAGGCCAGAAGAAGCUGAACAAUCAUUUCUAAAAAUUACACGCCAUCGAGCGCAUAUGGAUGAUUACGAAUCGUGGUCACAGGAAGAUGAAGAGGCUGUUCCAGAGGCUGAGGCACAAGUUUCAUAUCUUGAUGAUGAUGAUGUACAGCUACGAGUACCGGACGUAGAUAACUUUAAUAAGUUAGAUAACUCCGCUAUGAACUUUGAAGAAGAACUGGCAAAGUUAAGAAAAUUAUGUAAAGGUCAAUUUUUGGAAUGUGUGCCAAAUACAGAAUCGCCAUCUAGAAAGCCUCUUUUUCCUUCAUGGUCACUUUUAUGUCUGGGUGCAUCGAGCUUGUACAGUCACAAGGCUGGUCUUCGCGAUAUGCCAAACUUCAAAAAUGGGACACAAUUUCUUCUACCGGCCGAUGUUUUCGUAACAGUUGAUCCUGAAAAAUGGGAUAUUGAUAUGAGGGAAAUUAUGGGUGAUUCAUAUGGCGUGAGAUCGAAACGUUCUAUCAAAGUGAACAAGAGUAAUCGUGAAAAAGUUAAGCUGUUUGUUGGAUUUGAAUACGAAUGCCCACGGGGACAUCGAUUUAUGAUCCAGGAUGUGCAUAACAACAGUCAGAUGAAAGUAGCAUCGAAUUCAAAAGAAUUAGGAUCAGCCUUGAUUCGUUCAGAUUUACCAUUGUGGACUAAAUGUACAUGUCGUCGAUUGCCUCAAGUAAGUGCUCAGUUGAUGCGACUCCAUGUCGUCACUCCUAAAGCUCCAGUUACGGUCAUCUUGAAUCCUCGUGUUCAGCCAACAUCAAAAGAGCCAAUAUACUAUACAGGAGAAGCGCCCAUACAUCUGGAAUGGGGACGUUAUUAUGUUCUACGUUUUCCUUACAUUUAUGCUGGACCGCAUGGAACUGUUCAGCGACCCAAUGAGGCCACAAUAUCAGGUAAAUUGUUGGCAAAUUGUGUUGAAGUGCUGUACAUACCUAAACAUUAA